AUGGUGGUUCUUCACUCUGUUCCCCGUCUUCCGAUUUCAACCAAACCUAAUCAUGAACAAAUCGACGACAAUGAUUUGAUUACGAUUCAGUUGCCGGACCGACUCCUAGAUCAACACCUCACAAACAGGUCAGGGAAAGCUCGUCAAAACCACCAACAUUCUCUCCAUCAUCAGUAUUGUCGACGAUUCCUGUGGUAUCAUCCUCGGCCAAACCUCUCGUCGGCUGCUCCAAUACCUGCAAAAUUUUGUCACCAUUACGAAGUUUCUAAGAAUACUGAUGUAGAAAGGGAAGAUUUGAACAAAAGCAAUGUGGUUUUAAGCUUGAAUUUAAAUGAAGAUGAAGGAGAUGGAGACGGUGGUGGUGAUGAUGAACAAGGCUAA